UUUAUUUUUAAACAAAGUAUACUUUGUUUUUUAACGUAACACAAACUUUUUGUUGAGAAUAAUUUAUUUAAAUAAAUUAAACAAAAAAAUGGAUUUAUUAACAUCUCCGGUAUUUUGCUACAACAAAAAGUAAACAUAAACAAAUUCACUAAACUGUCAAACUCUAUUCAUAAAGAUUUUACCUGCAAAAAACCGCCAAUAAAAUUUUUGUAAAUUAUGGAAUUUCAGGAAAUUUCAAUACCAGAUGCAACAAAAGAAGAAUCAAAAUCUAUAAAAGCCAUAAGCAAAGAUACUGUUCAUAAAAUAUGUUCUGGACAGGUUGUAUUGAGUUUGGCUGUAGCCGUUAAAGAAUUGGUGGAAAAUGCUAUAGAUGCAGGGGCCACAUUAGUGGAAGUUAAACUACGAGAUCAAGGCUUAGAAUCAGUGGAAGUAAGUGAUAAUGGUUGUGGUGUAGAGGAAAGUAACCUCGAAGGCAUGACUGCCAAAUAUCACACUUCCAAACUCAGAGAAUUUGUAGACCUACAAUCAGUGGAAACAUUUGGCUUUCGGGGGGAAGCUCUAAGUUCCUUAUGUGCGUUAGCAAAUAUGUCAAUAACAACACGGCACAAGUCUACGGAGGUGGCCAUUAAAAUUGAUUUGGAUCACGAUGGUAAAAUAAAGAAGCGACAGCCUUGUGCUCGAGGCGUGGGAACCACCGUAACCCUAACGAAUCUGUUUGAAACAUUACCUGUACGUCGAAGGGACUUUGUACGGAAUAUUAAAAAAGAAUUUACAAAAAUGUGUCAAAUACUUCAAGCUUAUUGUCUAGUCUCCCGGGGUGUACGUAUUAUAUGCAGUAAUCAGACAUUGAAGGGAGCCAAGUCUAUAGUUGUGCAGACACAUGGCUCUCAAGAUAUUUUAGCAAAUGUUUCGUCCAUAUUUGGAAGUCGUCAAGUAAAUGAUAUUCUACCACUAAAAUGUCCACUAAAAGACAGCAACGGUGUAGAUAUCCCAGCUAAUUUACUAAUGGAACAAUUGCAAAAUGAUGUAGGCGAGAGUUUUCGGCUAACAAAAGAAGACAUACUACAGUUGUACGACUCGCAGUUUAAACUUGAAGGUUAUAUCUCGAGUUGUGAACAUGGCAGUGGUCGCUCAUCCAAAGACAGACAGUAUUUUUUUGUUAAUUCCAGACCAUGUGAUCCCAAAAAUAUAUCAAAAGUCGUUAAUGAUUGCUAUCAUCGUUAUAAUGUCAACCAGUUUCCCUUUAUUUAUCUCAAUAUUAUAACAGAUCGUCAAUCGGUAGACAUUAAUUUAACCAAAGACAAACGCCAACUUUUGCUGAAUAAUGAGAAAAUACUUUUGGCUUUAAUUAAAAAAGCCAUAAUCACAACUUUCGGCAAUAUACCCUCAACAUUCAAAAUGCAAAAUACAACCAUUUCCAGUAUAUUAGGACUUGAUACCACCACUAACAAAAGUUCCAAACAAGAAGUGGAAGAAGAAAUUGACGAUAAAGAAGUACCCAUAACAUCUAGCCAGAAAUUUGCUGAAGUUUUAUCGCAAUGGAAACUAACUGGUGAUACACAAGGUAUGGCAAUGGCUCAACCAAAGACUAAGAAAAGAAAACAAAGCGAUGAAAUAGCAACCCGAACGUUAAAACUGCAAAAAAUACAAGAUUUUCUAACAAGAGAAGAGUUAUCUUCCAGCGCCAGUACUAAUAAAGAAUUAAGUUAUAAAUCUGAAUCCGACUCUGAAGAAGAAAGUGAAGUAAAAAAUAAAGCAGAUUCACCAAACAACAUUAGUAAGCCUAAUUUAGAAAUAAUUUCAAAAGAAUCCGUUGAGUACGAUGAAUUAAUGAGCAAAAAGUCACCACCAUUACCAGCUUCAUACGUUGUAGAGCGUAUUGAGUGUAAAAAUAUAACGCCCUUAAAAACUAGACCAUCAUUUAUGGAAAACAAAUUGGAAACUAAUAUAGAAACAACUCUAUCACCGGAAUAUUUUCAUAAAAACAUAGAACUCGAUGAGAGUGACUCAGAGACUGAGUAUAGAAAUCAGCCCUGUAGCGAAAUUCAAAUAUCUUUGGUAGAAUUAACUUUUAAACUAGAAGCUGAGGAAAGUUUAUUAAGAGAAAGACAGCGUAAAGCCAAAUUAGAACGUUUGCGCUUUAAGAGUGAAAUAAAUCCAAAUCAAAACAAGAAUGCAGAGGCUGAAUUACAAAAGGAAAUAACAAAGUCAUGUUUCGCCAAAAUGGAAAUAUUGGGUCAAUUUAAUUUGGGAUUUAUUAUAGCUAAACUAGACACUGACCUGUUUAUAGUCGAUCAGCAUGCUACCGAUGAAAAGUACAAUUUUGAAACGUUGCAAAAUACGGUGCAAUUGCAACAUCAACCAUUGGCUGUUCCACAAACUUUGGAUUUAACCGCGGUAAAUGAAAUGGUUUUAAUUGAUCAUUUGCCAAUAUUCGAAAAGAACGGAUUUAAAUUCGAAAUUGAUGAUAAUGCCGCUCCCACCAGAAGAGUACGUUUGCUGGGCAAACCUUUUAGUAAAAAUUGGGAAUUUGGUAAAGAAGAUAUAGAUGAAUUGAUUUUUAUGCUACAAGAUGCCCCAGAAGGUACAAUGUGUCGUCCUUCACGUAUACGGGCUAUGUUUGCCUCUAGAGCUUGCCGAAAAUCAGUUAUGAUUGGCAAAGCUUUAAAAAAAUCCACUAUGGAAAUGCUGGUUAGGCAUAUGGGUGAAAUCGAACAACCUUGGAAUUGUCCUCAUGGUCGCCCCACCAUGCGUCACUUAAUUAACACUGCCAUGCUAAUAAAUGAUGACGACGAGGAUCAUGAAAACGUCAGAGUUCAAGAAGCAGAUAGUCCAAAAUCAGAUUAAAAAACCAGUGUUUUU